CUGGGAGGUUUGCAUGGUGCUCGCGACUGCAGCCUCUCUUCGCCUGCAGAGGAGCAGGACAGUCCUUUCCUGAAGGGAGAAAUUGGAAGCUAAAGAAGAAAAUUUUACUGGUGGUAGCAGAGAUGGAGAAGACAGCAUAGACGGAAGAGCAAAACUUUGCUGGCCCUGAGGAGGGAAAAGGCCCCUGUAUCAUCCAGGAAGGGAGCAGUGCAGAGCCCUGGGAAAGAAGAGUACAUUGAUGGUGCUAUAUAAAUAAAUAAAUAAAUAAAUAAAUAAAUAAAUAAAUAAAUAAAUAAUAAGAGUGCAGCAGAACCAGCCUGGGAGCAACCCCAGCCCAGACGUGGAGUGCCAGCCCUUCAGGGACAUCUGCUACCAGGAGGCCAUGGGGCCCCGAGACGUUUGCAGCUAUCUCCACUACCUUUGCCACCAGUGGCUGAAGCCAGAAAGGAACACGAAAGCUGAGAUGCUAGACCUGGUGGUCCUGGAGCAGUUCUUGGCCGUCCUGCCCAUGGAGAUGGCAAGCUGGAUCAGAGAAUGUGGAGCGGAGACCAGUUCCCAGGCGGUGGCCCUGGCAGAAGGCUUCCUCCUGAGCCAGGCAGAGGACGAAGAGCAGGUGCAGAGGAUGUUGGCCAAAGCACCCACAGAUUUCCCCAACGCAGAGAAGGAUCCAUCAGGCAUCACACAGAGGCCGCUGGACAGGUGGAUCUUGCAGGAGGGUGAGGGAGGACCCUCCUCACUGGGGGACGGACAAACCCGCAGAGAAAGUGAUUGGAUCCUGGGGGAUUCUUCUUGGCCUCCUUUGCUUGGUGGUGGAGUGGAAGCGGUUUCUGCGCAGCCUGGGCAGGGUCCGGUGACUUUUGAGGAGGUGGCCGUGUAUUUCUCGGAGGAGGAGUGGGCUCUGCUGGAUCCAGGCCAAAGGACUCUGCACAAGGAAGUCAUGGAGGGGAAUCUUGAGAUCCUGUCCUCUCUGGGUGAUUGCAGGGAGAGCAAGGAAAAUGGCAUAAACCAGAGAAUAAAAACUGAAACUGAAGAGGAGUGGGAAACGAAAUCCAUUUUUUUUGAAGGGUCAGACGUCUGUGAAAUUCUAAUACCAGAAGAACCAAGCAAUAGGAACAUUCACAAUAGGAAGACACAGUGGAAAACCUUUCAUGAUAUAAAGACUCAGAAGAUUUACCUUACCAAAUAUCAACCAUUUCACAGAGAAGAGAAAAGAUUUCAGUGCUUGCAUAAAAGAAUUCACUUAGGAGAUAAGCCCUAUGAAUGUUCAGAGUGUGGAAAGAGCUUCACUAUGAGCGGCCUGCUUAAGUCACAUCAAAGACUUCACACAGGGGAGAAGCCCUAUAAUUGCUCAGAGUGUGGAAAGAGCUUCACUAUGAGUGGCCUGCUUAAGUCACAUCAAAGAAUUCACACAGGUGAGAAGCCCUAUGUUUGCUUAGAGUGCGGAAAGAGCUUUGCUCAGAGCAGGAACCUUAAGCAACAUCAAAGACUUCACACAGGGGAGAAGCCCUAUAAUUGCUCAGAGUGUGGAAAGGGCUUCACUACAAGUGGCCUGCUUAAGUCACAUCAAAGAAUUCACACAGGUGAGAAGCCCUUUGUUUGCUUAGAGUGCGGAAAGAGCUUUGCUCAGAGCACAAACCUUAAGAAACAUCAAAGAAUUCACACAGGGGAGAAACCCUAUGAAUGUUCAGAGUGUGGAAAGAGCUUCAGUCAGAGAAGACACCUUAAUCAACAUCAAAUUAAACAUACAGGGGAGGCGCCCUAUAAAUGCUCAGAGUGCGGAAAGAGCUUCACUAUGAGCAAACUACUUAAGUCACAUCAACAACUUCACUCAGGGGAGAAGCCCUAUAAAUGCUCAGAGUGCGGAAAGAGCUUCAGUUCGAGUGGCUGUCUUAAGUUACAUCGAAGAAUUCAUACAGGCGAGAAGCCCUACAAAUGCCUACAGUGCGGAAAGAGGUUCAGUCAGAGCAAACACCUUAAUCAACAUCAAAGAAUUCACACAGGGGAGAAGCCCUACAAAUGCCUAGAGUGUGGAAAGAGCUUUAGUCAGAGUGGCCACCUUAAGCGACAUGAAAGAAUUCACACAGGGGAGAAGCCCUAUGAAUGCUCAGAGUGUGGAAAGAGCUUCACUAUGAGCGAACCACUUAAGUCACAUCAAAGAAUUCACACAGGGGAGAAGCCCUACAAAUGCUCCGAGUGCGGAAAGAGCUUUGCUAACAGCAGGAACCUUAAGCGACAUCAAAGAAUUCACACAGGGGAGAAGCCCUACACAUGCUCCGAGUGUGGAAAAAGCUUUGCUGACAGGACGAACCUUAAGCAACAUCAAGGAAAACAUGUAGGGGAGAAGCCCUAUGAAUAUUCAGUGUGGAAAGAGCUUCAUGAUGAGCAAACUACUUAAGUCACAUAAUUCACACAGGGGAGAAGCCCUACAAAUGCCCAGAGUGCGGAAAGAGCUUUUCUCAGAGCCCACACCUUACACGACAUCAAAGAAUUCACACAAGGAAGAAGCUAUAAAAGUGCUCAAGAGUUUGGAAAGCAAUUCAAUCACAGUUUGCCACUUCCCUCUUGUGAAACAAUCCAUACAGGUGAGACGCGCUAUGAAUGCUUUGUAUAUGAAAAGUGCUUUCACCGGAGCAUGGACUGUACCUUGCUUCAAAGAAUUCACUCAGGAGAAAAGCUCUUUCAGUGCUCUGAGUGUGGAAGCCAGGACAUUCUUCUUCCUUUUGUUUUCGAUACAAAUUGCGAGCUGGGCAGUCUGAAGAUGGGAGUGGGGGUGGGGGCAAGUAACCCAUAUCCGAAUGAUAAGAACAGAGUGCGUAGCAUGCAACGAAAGUUUUGGCUGCAAAGUCCUUGCGCUUUACCUUGAAAGACUCGUUGAGGGGUAUAAAUAAUACUCACAGUCCUUAUUCGUCAGUAAAGUAAAGUUCUUUUACUGAGGCUUUCUUAUCAGUUUAGUAUAAACUUUCAUUUACACGCAUAGUUAUCAUAAUCAUCAUCAACACGGAUCUUCGAUCACUUAAACAUAAACCUAACAACCUAACAAGAUGCCAUUAAACACUGUGCAUCUUAAAUACAUUUCACCACUAGUUAUUGCAACAUACUUAAUUCUCCAAUUCUCCUCUGCCCAUGUCCGACACGUAGGCCACGUCCUCCAUGCUCCAGCUGCAAUCUUACCAAGUCCAGAAACAUGAUUACAAAGCUUUUAACCUUCCAACUGCAAGCAAGAAAAACAAAUUGUCACAAAAACUGUUUAAAUAAAUGUAUAUACCUUGCUCACAUUGGCAAGUUACAUUACACUGCCCCAAUUCUAUUUCACAAAUCUGUAAGUACAUAUAUACAUAUAAGUGACGUGUAACAUGUGCGUAAACCAUGCUAUCAAUAAAAUAAUUAUACAAUGUUUGGUGACCAUUCAAUAACAAAAACAGUUUUGUAACAUGAGACAAUUCAAAAACAACAGUUUUGCAGUGUGUAAUAAUUCAAUAACAAUACUUCUGCAGCGUGAACAAUUUUUCAACAGGAGUCCGGUACAUUAACCUGUUUCGCCAGGGACUGCUUCCUUGG